AUGAGGAGAUCAGGGGUAACAGUUCCAGCGAUCUCACACCGAAAAAUCGCUGGUAAAUCACCAAAAAUCCGACCCCGUCCCUUUUCUGGAGAAUGCCCAAUGAAAAUCCAUCGGAAACCGCUGGGAAACCACCAAACUGACCCAACCAGUCCCAAUUUCAGUGAGAUCUGCCAGAAAAGGAACGGAGCAACGACGGAGACUUCGGGUUCGAGUAUGGGUUUUGGAAGUGAGUAUUUUAAUGAUUCUGAGAUUAAGAGUGUUCGAGGCAACAAGAACAAUGUAGAAGAAUUUCUUGAAUCUCUUUUAGGUGUUCUUGGUUCUAAGGCCAAUGAGGAAUCGUUGGAACCAACCGAAUUUGAGAGAAGAACAGAAGAAGCAUGCAAAAGAAUGAUCACGGAAUCUAGCAAAGCCUUAAAGGAACUUGCCUUGUCCAUCAAAACCAUGACACAACCUUUUUCUUCAAUAAUCCAUAUAUCUAAUGCAAAGAAUGUCAUUGAUGACCUUAAAAACACACUAGAAACCUCAGAAACCUUCUUUCAACACGACGAAUCAUGCGUCAUGGAUUUCAUUCCUGCCGCAUCUGUCAUGUCCUUACUUAUUGCCAUCAAUGAAUGCGUCGACGAAAUUUCUAAAGCCGUCGAGGAGCUUUCGAUAAGAGCACAUUUCAAGAAAAAGGACGGGAGGAGGAGAGAUUUAAGUUCGACCGAAGCGGAUACGGGGGAGAACCGACCACCAUCCCGAUCGCAGCGGCCGCAGAUAAUGCAUAGUGGGACUAUGAAUCCUGUUGUUGAUGAUGAUGUAGAGGAAGGUGAUUUUAUUACGAUAGAGAUAGAUGGCAAUAUUGGCAAAGACGAUCCAAGAAAAUUUUGGCAUGCAUUUAAAGUGGGACUAGCUGUCACUUUAGUCUCAUUAUUCUACUACGUUGAACCACUAUUUCAUAGCUUUGAUCAACUAGUAAUGUUGGCUAUACUCACUGUAGCGGUUGCUUUUGAAUUCACUGCUGGUGCAACUAUAUCAAAGAACAUAAAUAGAGGAAUUGGUACGACCUUAGCUGGUGCAUUUGGUCUUGGAGCUAAAUAUUUAGCUGAAUUGAUCGGGAAAAAAGGACCAGAUCCUAUAACUCUUGGGAUUCUAGUCUUCAUUGUAGGUGCUUUAGGUACAUUUAUAAGAUUUUAUCAUAGUUAUGACUAUGGAAUCACGAUAUUUGUCUUGACAUUCAUCACGGUUGCUGUUUCUGGUUAUCGAUCAGAAGAUAUUUUUCAAUUAACUCACCAACGGAUAUCCCUCAUUUUCAUCGCCGUCUUUACUAUCAUAAUCAUCUCCAUGGUUAUUCGACCAGUAUGGGCCGGAGAAGAUCUUCAUAAACUUAUCAGUACCAAUCUUGAAAAGCUAGCAAGCUUCUUAGAAGGUUUUGAAAGCGAGCAUUUGCAUAUUUCUAAAAUUAAGAGUGUUGAAGGUACCAAGAACAAUGAAAAGAAAUUUCUUGAAUCUUUUUUAAGUAUUUUUGAUUCUAAGACUACUGAAGAAUCUUUGGCAAAUUUUGCAUGGUGGGAGCCCCCUCAUGGAACUUUCAAAUUUAAUCAUCCAUGGAGACAAUAUUUGAAAAUUGGUGACCUUAUUAGAAAAUGUGCUUGUCAUCUUCUAGCUCUUAAUAGCCACGUAAACUUUAAAUCACAGGUACCAACCGAAUUCGAGAGGAGAACAGAAGAAGGAUCCAAAAGAAUGAUCGUGGAAUCUAAAAAUGCCUUAAAAGAACUUGCCUUGUCCAUUCAGACUAUGACACAACCAAUUUCUUCAAUAAUACACAUACGUAAUGCAAAAAAUGUCAUUGAUGACCUCAAACACACACUAGGCACCUCAAAAACCUUCUUUCAACACGAUGAGUGCGUUAUGGAUUUUGUCCCUGCAGCAUCCGUCGCGUCCUUACUCAUCGAUGUUACUAAAUGCAUCGACGAAAUCUCUGAGGCCGUCGAGGAGCUUUCGAGUAAAGCACAUUUCGAGAAGAAGAAGAAUGAUUCAUGUUCGACUGAGGAUGACAUUGGUAGUGACUUUGUUACGAUUGAUAUAGCUGACAACGUCGAAUCACCAAAGAGAGUAGAGAUAGAGGAGGUGAAUCGAGUGAAUAAUCCAAUAAAUGCAAUAAAGGGGGAAUACUUCAUUAUUUGGAUACGUGGAAACACCGCAACAACAGUAGUGGAAGAGACAAAUAUGUCAAAAAAUAAAGGAGAUUUUAUGAUUUUUACUAAUAUAAAGCUUUAUGAUAGUACUCAAUUUUUUGAAUUAGUAGAAGUGAAAGUGCUGGAGGAGGCAAAUCGAGUGAACAAUCCACUAGCUGCGAGAAAGGAAGAAUAUAUUGUUAUUGGGAUAUGUGGAAACACAACAAUACCAAUAGUGGAAGAGAUGCAGACUGCGGAGAAAAAAGAAGACUUUUAA